CCUAGGGUUUUGUUCGCAGCAACCGGGGAAGGGCCUAGGGUUUCUGCCUCCUCGCCGCACACGUCUCUCGCACCGUUCCGGAGCUGCUCCAAUGGCCCCCGCGAAGAAAACGAAGAAGAGCACGGAGAGCAUAAACAACAAGCUCGCCUUGGUGAUGAAGAGCGGGAAAUACACGCUCGGGUACAAGACGGUUCUCAGAACCCUUCGCAGCUCCAAAGGUAAGUUGAUCAUCAUCGCAAACAACUGCCCUCCGCUCCGCAAAUCCGAGAUCGAGUAUUAUGCUAUGUUGGCGAAAGUUGGGGUACAUCACUUCAAUGGAAACAACGUUGAUCUUGGAACUGCUUGCGGCAAGUACUUCCGGGUGUGCUGCCUCAGCAUUGUUGAUGCUGGUGACUCAGAGAUACUCAAGAGCAUCCCUGGUGAUCAGUGAGAGAGAAGAAGAGUUUUUGUCUUGCGAGAGAAAUUAACGUGUAUUUUGUGGUUGAUCAGCAAAUGGUUUUUUUUUUUCCUUAGUAUAUUUAGACGUGGAAUUUUAACGCAAAAUUCUUUCAGAUAACAACUUAUUCAGAGAUUUUUGUUUGUUGUUUAGUGAGUAUUUAUUUUUUCUGUUUUAUGCUCUUAAGUUUAAACUUCUGGGGGCAUAUCUUGUUCUUUUGCUGCUGAUUAUUAUGCUGAUUCUGAG